CAGGUGUUCCAAUCCCCUCCCAAUCAUGUGAUUCAGGUGUUCCAAUCCCCUCCCAAUCAUGUGAUUCAGGUGUUCCAAUCCCCUCCCAAUCAUGUGAUUCAGGUGUUCCAAUCCCCUCCCAAUCAUAGUGAUUCAGGUGUUCCAAUCCCCUCCCAAUCAUGUGAUUCAGGUGUUCCAAUCCCCUCCCAAUCAUGUGAUUCAGGUGUUCCAAUCCCCUCCCAAUCAUGUGAUUCAGGUGUUUCCAAUCCCCUCCCAAUCAUGUGAUUCAGGUGUUCCAAUCCACUCCCAAUGAUGUGAUUCAGGUGAUUCCAA